AAGUUCGCAAAGAAGAUGGUUAGAAAACUACCUUUAAAAUGGUUGCUUGUUCUACAGGAAAUCCAGAAGUUGAAAGUAAAGCAUAUUUAUCUACCAACCAAGAAGGUGAUUGCUUUGGUUGAGCGGUGUGGGGUCAAACAAGACGCUCAAAGGGUGCUGCUUGAGUAUUUACACGACCUUGGUGAGAUUCUUUACUUUCCUGAUGACAAAGCCUUGAGGGAUAUUGUUGUUUUAGAUGUGAUGAAAUUAGUUGACAUGUUUAAAACAAUAAUCACCGUUAUUGAUCCAAAGUUUAUGAAACCAAUGCACAGAGAAGCCUGGAGGAGAUUGGACAAGGGGAUCCUAGAGGAGCAUUUGUUAAGGCACCUAUGGAAGGAGUUCAAAUUUUCAGAUGAGACGUUUGACUUCUUCGUAUCUCUCAUGCAGAAGUUUGGGCUGGUGUGUGAGAAAAACAUGGGUGGUGAACGUAUUUUCUACGUUCUUUCGCGCUUGAAGCCUAAACGAAUACAUGCCACACAAACUAAGGAUUACGGGAUUUGCGCAAUUUCCAUCUUUCAUGACUUUGGCAACUAUCUACCUGACGAUGUUUUCCAGCGUGGAGUAACUAAGUUCAUUGAGAGAUUCCAAGUAAAAGACGUUGAGCCUACAUUAUCUUAUGAGCAUGUGGAGGUGAAUAUCGAUGAAUUUCACCUCGUGGUUUUGAGUGUAGCCUCAAUCAAGCAUCGUCGUAUGUUUAAGACAACAAUCAUCAGACGAAAUAUUUUCAAUGCCGCUCAGCUUACCCAGGAAAAUGAACCAUCGCCGAGAGUGUGUAAGAAGGUGUUGACAUUCCUCGAAAGAGAACUAAAGAUUUGUCAGAGCGGUGCAAGGGGCGUGGAAUUAACAAGGUACAUUGCUUGCGAUUGUAGGGACGCUCACAUGCAUAUUGUGCGCCAAUUUAACAUGGAUGUGUUGCCAUGUGGAAGCAAUGGAAUGGAAGUGACACGCUACCGCCGACUAUUUGAAGAUGACGUGCAACAACAAGGUAAAUUGUGCACUUGCAUAGCGGAUAUAGCAUUGUCUAGUGUCUAUACACUUUGCAGGACAACAGAACAGGACAAAACUGGAAUAAAUAUUUGGAGAAAACAAACCUGCAAAAAUAUAGAAAAGUGAAAUUGCUGAUCUUGUCAAUUCUGAUGUGGGGUGGGAACGUGCCAUAGGUAGUCCAUAUCCACUUCAGUCCCAUGGUUGGGUCGAUGGCAGAGACAUAUUGUGCUGUUACGCAUCAACAAACCCUUUUUGGCCCAGGGUAGAGCGAGGUCACUAGGCCUACUGAUCCAUGGGUAGGGAUACCAAAGGUGCCCCUAUGGAUCAGUGGCCCUGCAGACCGUCGCACGUCAGUGCAUAGGCGUUACACCACUGAUCAUAGAAAGCUGUUCUAAAAACCUGAGUGCUAUAUUCUGUAAUAAUGGCUGAAAACUCCGUCUGAGGUCUCCGUCUUUUGGCCUUUUUUCCAUACUGAUUUAUGAAAUCGUUGAAAAAUUUCGGCAUCGGGGAUAUGCGUUGUAUUCUAUUUCGCCCACU